AUGUCUUUGCCGCUCGAACCGCAAGCAAAACGACAGCGUACUGAUGCUAGCAACAGCAACAUUAGACUCCCAAUUAUUGACGAUGAAGCUACUGCCAACCUCAAGUUGGCAGCAGCUGGAUUUGACCCCAAUGAUUGUAUCACAGCCAUCGGUCCACCAGAAAUAAAAACACCCUCCGGCGUUGAAUUAUGGAAUUGCAUCACUCCAAUGACUUUCUUCUGCUUCCAUGGAGAUCAUUCCAUGUGCAGAUACAUUUUUACUCAAGGUGGAACAACAACCAGAGCUGGUGAAGAAUUUUGGUAUCCAUUGUAUGCUGCAGCGAAUCAUGGCCAUGUUCAACUCUGCGAAUGGCUGAUUGAAAAUGGGGCCCAAAGAGACUUGCAAAGAGGGUAUGCGCCAGAGCAUCGUCCGCUGGGGCUGUGUUACCGGAAAGGUGGCCUGGCCAUUGCAAAAUGCCUCAUCCUCCAUGGAGCCAUUCAGAAUAAUGAGUCCGAAGAAAUGGUUCGCAGCAUUUUGGCCUGUGAUCUCAAUCCUCGAAUUGUAAUUACUCCAACUCUUGCCCGGGCGAUAGAUCGCCGUCCAAAGUUAAUGACAUGGUCACUGGAAGCGAUCAUGGAUUACGCUUGCUUUCACGCAUUCCUCAUGGGGACGUUUGUCCCGGGGUUUUCCUCUGACGCCCUCCGCAAAAAAUUGGUAGCAAGGCUUGGCUCUUAUGACGCUGCAAAAACUAUCAUGGACGGUGUAAGCAGCAACGAGCAACGGAAACUGUUGUGGGAACAGCUUCUGGUAUCUUCUUCAGAAUCGCCUGUGGAGAGUCUUUGUGGCCAUCCUGGAGUCUUGAAAUGCAUUGCCCAAUUCGUCGGUGUGGAUGACGGCAAAGCCCUUCGAAUUCACCUCCAGAUGGUGGAACUCUUGCAUGACAUUACGAUGAGCGAGGACGAACCGCCAGUAAUACUGGACACAAUCCGCGACGACGAAAUUAGCGAUGAUGAAAGUGACGAGGACGCAUAA